AUGGCCCAGGCAUUAAUCAAAUCUACCUCUAAUAAUAAACCUCCCGAGCAAUGCGCGGGCUCGGAGCGCGCAGUGCGAUGGCAGGAGCCGAGGGGGAGUAGCCGCCGUGCCAGAGCCAAGCCCAUGGAUGGGACGCACUUGGGCUGUGAUGCCAUGAACAACUGCACCGACCAGCAGUACUGGGACGCCCUCGUCUGCCAGUGCAUCCCCUGCAGUCUCAUAUGCGGCCGGUCCGCGGUGAGGAGGUGUGCUGCCCUGUGCGAGUCCAUGGUUUGCAACAGGAAAGCCGGCUUCUACUACGACAAGCUCCUGAAAAAAUGCAUCAACUGUGCCACGGUCUGCGGGCAGCACCCGAAGCAGUGCGACCCCUCCUGCGGAUGUGCCCUGGCCACCCCCCACCCUCCGCCGGCCGCCCUGGUCACGGCGCUGCCUCCCGCGGCCGCGCUGGAGCAGAAGGCGUGCACGGAGCAGGAGCCGUGGCUGGUGGUGUACCUGCUGCUGGGGCUCUGCCUCUGCGCCCUCAUCUGCUCCCUCUUCCUGGGCUGGACCCACCUGCGGAGGAAGGGAGAGGUGGGAUCCUGCCAGGCCGGUGCCGGGACCUGCCACCGCAGGGAGGACUCCUCCAAGGAUCGCCUGGUGGAAGCGGGCAGCGUUGGUGAUGGAUCCACCGGCAGCAGGGUCCCCGAGCCAGUAGAAACCUGUGGCUUCUGCUUCCCCGGACAUGGCUCCGCGGUACAAGAGAGCAAAGCGCACCACAGCCCCUCCUGCCACCCGGGGGAGAGGGCCGCGGCCGCUCACACCGGGGUGUGCAGCACGGGAAGCGCCGGGGCGAUUCCCAGCCCUGACGAUGGCCAUUUUAAGAUCAUUUGCUCUCCUUCGCAAGAGAAGACGCCCAUGGUGUGACUGCAGUGAAUGCUCCUGCAUGAAAGGAGGGCUGUCCCCUCUGCCCCCAAAACACAGCUGCUUCUCCCUCCGUCCCCAGCCCCAGCUCCUGCCAGGGCAGGUGGACACAGCUCAGCCUUGGCUCAGGGGCUGUAGGUCACGGACUGUGCUGUUCUCUUCUUGGAAACCCAAACUCUCCUUGUUCCAGUGAUGGACGUUGCUCCCUGUUCAGCCAUGCCUCCAUGCUCCGACCUGACCACCGCAGACACCCCCGUGCUUCCUGGCCCUUGGGACCGCAGGCCCCCGGGGGCUUCUCGGCCCAGUUCCUGCACCAGCAUCGCUUUGCCCCUGCGAAGGGCACCGAUGCCUGUGGCAAGCGCCAGGCCCCCGCCUUUCCCCGCUUGAAAAUUCUGCCUUGCACCACAAGUGGUUUCCAAGCAGAGUUGUGCUCGUCUGGGACACGCUCGAUGGACAGAAAGCAAAGCGGUGGUGCCAGGCGCCAUCUCGAGAAUUAGCCAGGUAGCGACGCCUCACACAGAGCCCAGGUGUGACAGAGCAGCCUGACCUCAAUCCAUGGCCCCCGGGCUGCGGUCUGUGUGACUGCCUCCCCCACCGAGAGGUCUUCUCUCCUCAGGACUACGGGGAGUUUUCCAGAGAAUCAGUUCAAAGUGUUUUAAAGCAUCUCAGGCCUUUCAGACAAAGCUGCGGCCUGGCCUACUCCAGCCUCCCAGGGCUGGGGCGCGGACUCAGACCCAGGACAUUCCUCACAGACGUCGUGACGACCGCUGAGUGCCACCACCACGCUCCCAGGAGGGGCACGUUUUCUAACUUCAACAAAGUUCCUUUACAGCAAGAGCAUUCAGUGUAUGAGCUCCACAUGCAGCUUUCAACGCUGCUUUGAGGGGAGGAAAGGGCAGGGGACGGUGAGGCUUCGCCUUACACCAGGAUACGAUGCUGCACGAGAGGAGCUCCGGAGGCACCAAAAUCACCGAUGGAAUUGGGUGUAGGUGCAAAAAGUCAUCCAAAGCUGGGAACUUUCUGAAAGACUUGAUGCUUUGAUGUACUCCUGGUCUGGAUUACCUGAAAUAGCUGGUAAAAGUGACGGGCUGUGAUGCGGCUGAUUCGAGGAAAGGUUUUUGUCUGACCGGUAUUUGAAAGCUACUAUGGAAAAAUGUGGGUUUCAACAUGUAACGUCAAGUUCUCAUGCUCAUUAAAGGAGAGAGUAGGAAUGUUUUGCUUGGUGAGAAAUCCCUCCUGAUAGGAGAUCGUUGCCGCAAGUUUCUCAGACCAGGCCUUCAAACUUGAAAGAACACACAGGGAACGGGCAACAGAUGCACAAAUUGGUGAUAGGAAAGUGCAGCACUUAGAACAGGCCAUGGUAGCUGAGGCCAUGUGAGCAUCCCCACCCUCAUCCUCCUCCCUCUCUCCAGGCUUUCUCUUCCUUUCCUUGGUUUCCUCUCCCAGAGCCUCCCCCUCUCAGGUUCAGCCGAUGAAGGGGCUUUGCACUUACCAUGGGGCAGCUCUUGUGCAUUUCCAUCUGUGCCACGUCCCCACCACCCCGAGCACUUCCCAGCGAGGCCGGGGACUCCAGGAGGACGCCUGUAAGCAGGCGCAGCGUCACCUUGCGCUGCCCGGCCCCAGCACCGAGGGGACAGGCAGCUUCAGCCCUGCUCAGGUGUCACCCGCGGGGACAGACCCCCCCCAUGUAAUGGGAACUCCCCCACACCGCCUGUGUGAGGAGCCAGAACCUUAUUUAAAGCAAACAAUCAAACAAUAAACCUGAACAUGCCACCAGUUUUGCAAUUAGAGUCUCUCUCGAGGCUCGGGAAGCAUCAAUUAUUCAAACCAAGGCUUUAGGAAAGCUUUUACACGAGCUGCCACAAGAGCUCACCCUGCCUGGCCCUGGCAAGCCCCAGCUCCUGCUCCGGCUGCCCAUGUAGGUCUCCUCCAGCACUCGCUGCAAUACACGAGGGAAGCAGCACCCUGCAGUUUACACCUAGAAACAGGGGAAAACACCCAUCAGACGCCAGGUCCCUCCUUCAAGCCCUGAUAAGCGAGAGGGGAGCGUUCAGUCAGGCGUGGCCUCCUCUACUUAGGGGAACGUAAAUACUGUUAUCAGCAGAGAGAGGAAAAGGUAACACAGAGCGUCACGGAGGUCAGAGCAGCAGUAACACGCAGGCUCCCAGAUACAGCAGCUGCGUGCUGGGGAAUCAAAAGUCAGUGGGUUUGGUAUCAUGUUUGCAGCCCCUGGCCAACAGCUCUGACAGAGCACACCUGGCGAGAUCCCUCUGAAUAGCAGAAGGAAGCAUGGGACACAGGCAGUCACCACCCGGGACAAAUACUUUUGGUAAUUAAGGGCACUGACUUCCAAGCCAGAGCAUCCAGACAGGGGCUUAAGCUGCUUCUAACUUUCCUGCUUUUGCUCAGGUUUUCAUUAGGCACCAGCCUCAAGCAAAGCUUUCUCGCCAGUCCAGGGGCUGCGAUGAGAAGGUACGACACCGACAGCCACCUUCUGGCUGGUUUUGUGUUAUGCACAGAGCCACGUUCAAACGCUGGUGUACAACCAGAGGGUAUGCUCCAGUAUCGACCCAUAUCCUGGUACCAGGCUUUGGUUUCAGUCAUUUCUUCAGAUGCUUCCCUGUAACAGAGCAAGCCACGUGAAUAAAAAAUCGUGCUUCAAAAUAAACCAGUCAGCCCCAAACUGCUCCCCGGCACGAGCAGGGUCAGCAGCUGAAGCAAUGCAGCAAUUGCCCCUUGCAGCAGGCAGCCUCUUGCUGCCGUCAGCCACUGCGCCGGGGAGGCACAACUCGAUCAGGCCUUCGUUAGCGUCUCACUGCUCAGCGAGGACUUCUGUGGUCGGCGUCUUCCUGAAGGUGACGCUGAGUUCUGCAAAGAGCAGCCUCCCAGUUCUGCAGGGAAUAAACCUUGUGUCUGAGCUCCUCGGUAGGUGAAGGGAAAGAGAAGGCUGCGUUUGGGGAAAAACGUAAUGAGGGGUAGCGCUGACUGUGUGAUAGCAGCUGUCCUUCCAUUUUUAUAGGAAGAGGGAAAGUGUUCUCUGCUUCUCUAUCAACCUGUGCUGAUUUACUGUUGCUGGAAAUAGAAACCUGCCUGGUACAAUUCAGGGGGAAAGAAGAGCUUUUAAUACACCAGGAAUUCUGCUUUAGAAGCCCAAACCAGAGCACUGAAAUCUACCUUGCUCUCCCAUCUCCCACCGAAAACCAGCCGCGCUGGUGCAGUUGCACGGAGCACAGCCCUCUUCACCAGCU